AGCUGUGCAGCCCAGCCAGUCCUCGCUGCCUCCCUCCCUCUAAUCUCAGGUGGGAUCCAGAUCCAUGUGGGAAAAAGUUAUCAGCUGGCACCUGAGGUUGUUAGGGAGGGAGAGAGACGUUGGGGGUUUGCUUGGGCUUUUAUUUAUUUACUUUUAUUUGCUGCUACUGCCAGCCCCAGCCCAGAUGCAACUGCCUCAGAGAAGAGGGAGAAAAGAACAGCUGCUAGGAAGAAAGGAGACCGAGAGUUGAAACCUCCGUUGGGUAGAUGGGAAUGAUGAAGCUCUGGGCUGCACAGGUGGAACAUCAGUGAGAGAGAGAGAGCGCACCGCUUCUGUAUUCCUGGGACCCAUGUCUGAACAAGUAGCUGCUGUUGCUGGAGGUGUGGUCGGAGGCAUCCUUCUAUUGCUCCUUCUUGGGAUAGCAGUAUACCUCUUUUGGAAGAAUGUGUAUUUCAAGGCUUCUUAUGAAGAACUUACUAAUCCCGCUUCCCCAGUCCAAGCACCAGUUCGUCUGCAGGAGCCAAAUGUUGCAAGGACAAAAAGCGUCCCCUUCAUCGUCCCACCAAAAUUUCACAGGCAAGCUUGGAUUGAUAUGAUAAAUGGAGAACAAAUUCAGGAGGAUAGUGACCUGUAUGUCACUCCUGACUCUGGGCCUCGAUCUUCUUUCCAUUCCUUAGCUGGCGCAUACCUUGUCGGAUCCAUCAACCCAGAGCUGUACAGAUUUCCCGAAGACAAGAGCGAAACAGACUUCCCAGAGGGUAACAUUGGUCGGCUUUGGUUCUCAGUGGAAUACGAGCAAGAAUCGGAAAGGCUCCUCGUCUCCUUGAUCAAAGCCCGGAAGUUGCAGUCUCCUUCCAGCUCCUGCAACCCCUUGGUGAAAAUCUACCUGCUGCCCGACGAGAGGCGCUAUCUGCAGUCUAAGACCAAGCGGAAAAAUCUCAACCCCCAGUUUGAGGAGAAUUUUGUUUUCCAAAUUUCCAGUAGCGCCUUAUACCAAAGGACACUGAAGUUUUGUGUCUAUCAUGUCGACAAACAGAAGAAACACAUUCUCUUAGGCCAAGUAAUAUUCCCUUUGAAAAAUGAAUCCUUUACCGGUGAUGGCAAAGUCAUUGUCUGGAGAGAUCUGGAAGCCGAUACCCUUGAGCUGCCUUCUGAACAUGGUGACCUCCAGUUUUCUCUCAGCUACAAUGACUAUCUGGGCCGUCUCACGGUGGUAGUCCUGAGAGCUAAGGGCUUGAAGCUCCAGAAUGAAAGACAUGCUCUCGGUGUAUUUGUCAAAGUGUCACUAGUGAAUCAUAAUCAAUUCAUCAAAAGCAAAAGGACCACGGUUGUUCCUGCAUGCUCGGAUCCAUUGUACAAUGAGACUUUCAGCUUCAAGGUGGACCAGCAGGAGCUGGAUACAGCAAGCCUGAGCCUGUCUGUGCUCCAGGAUUCAGAGGGAGAAGAAACUUCACUGGGCCGUGUGGUUGUUGGACCUUUCAUGUACACCAGGGGCAAGGAACUGGAGCACUGGAAUGAAAUGAUCAGUAAGCCCAAGGAGUUGGUGAAGAGGUGGCAUGCUCUGUCUCUUAGCACCUGAAAGGUGGUGAGCACUCUUGCAAGGGACACCUGUAGCAAAGAGCUUUCUGCUGUGCUGUCUCCAGAACAUUCUUCAGAUGUAUUCUCAGCGUAUGCCCAUCACAGGUGUUGGGUGACUUAGUGAUCAAGAGUGUUGACAACGUUGUUUAAAGCGCCGGAUUUCAAGGCAGCGUGGCACCUCAGAUCUGCUCGGUUGCAAAGUGGAAUUUGAUCCUUAAAAUUAGGAGAGCUCCCAAAUCAGUGUGAGAGUGUUGGCCACAUAUACCAUAGUAGACCACUGAAAUUUCACAGAAUUGCAGAGUUGGAAGCAACCCCGAGGGUCAUCUAGUCCAACCCCCUGCACUGCAGGAAUCUCAACUAGAUUCUACAUGACAAAUGGCUAUCCAACCUCUGCUUCAAAACCUCCAAGGAAGGAGACUCCACAAUCUCUUGUGGAAGUCUGUGCCACUGUUGAACAGUUGUUACUGUACGAAAGCUCUUCCUGAUGCUUAGUCAGAAUCUCCUUCCUUGUAAAUUGAAUCCAUUGGUUCAGAUCCUAGCCUCUGGAGCAGGAGAAAAGCUGCAUCCUAUGUGACAGCCCUUUAAAUCUUUGAAGCUGGCUAUCCUAUCUCCUCUCAGUCUCCUCUUUACCUUGCUAAACAUACCCAAUUCCCUCAUCCAUUCCUCAUAAGGCUUGAUUUCCAGACCCUUUAUCAUCUUGGUCCCCCUCCUCUGUACACAUCCCAGCUUGUCAAUAUCCUUCUUAAAUUGUGGUGUCCAGAAAUGGACACAGUACUCCAGAUCUGACCAAGGCAGAAUAGGGCAGGAACAUAAGAUUCUACUGGCUUGAUCCCUGUAUUUUAAACCCUUGGAUAGGAAGCACUGGUCACCGUGCCAUUAAGAGUUUCCUUAGCAACAUCAAUUAAUCAAAUGUAUUAGGAGGUAAGUGCAUUAAGGAUAUAACUGAGCACAGAAGACAUGUUAUGAAAGCUAGUUGGAGGCACCACAUCUGCAGCAUUCUGGCUUUGGAAUCUCUGUCCUCAUUUAUUGGAGCCAUUUCCAUUAUCUCACUGGUCUGAGGCAGGUGGACAAAACUUCUGUGCUGUUCCAUCUCUCUGACAAUAUGGAUUCUGCUUCAGGUUGGCUAAAGGAUUGUUUCAUCAGUCACAGGCAGAAUGAUCAUGGAUUAUACUAGUGCAGGCUUGCUAGAUCACCAGGCUGUGUGCAUGUGUUGUGCUAAUGCAAAAUGGUGAACAGCGGGGGGGGGGGGGGGGGAGGAUGGAAGCAUUAUCCAAAGUUCCUGUGUGAGUCUAGUCUUUCUGUUUAGGUCAGGAAAAAAACCUCAGGCUGUGACCAUUUGUUAUGUUCUCCUAAAGUCGUGCGCAAGCCACUUUUUAAAAAAUCAUAAAAGCUAAUUUAAUUUCAGUAACUCACUUGAGAGUUCAGCUCGUGAUAUUUUCUAAUCAUUAAAUUAUUCUUCAGUGAAGGAAAAAAAGAAAAUGAGGAAAUUGUUUUAGCUGAAAUGAAACAGGCUUCCCUUUGAAGCAGGAUGCAGUGUUAAUUAAUGCAAAGCAUGAAAGCGCCAGACUUUAAUCUUGGUUUCCAUUGUAAUUCUGAGUUGUAUCUGCCAAAGUCAUACUUUGGAUGUGUGCACAUUGCACCAGACCACACACACACACACACAGUGUGUGUGUGUGUGUGUGUGUGUGUGUGUGUACGGUAAUAUUGUUGAUUAAAACAGUGAACAAAAACAAUUAAAGAGGAGAGAAAGUGAACAAUAAAACUCCAUAUGGGAAUGUGACCUCUACUGUUGGCAGCAAAAUGCCUCUGAAUACCAGUUCCUGGGAAUCACAGGUGCAAAGUGGGGAGUUGUGCUCAGGUCCUACUUUUUGGCAUCUGGGUUGGCCAUUGUGAGAACAGAAUGCUGGACUAGAUGGAUCAUUCGCCUGAUACAACAGAGCUCUUACAUUCUUACAAAGGGAGUGAAAAUCAAGUUUAUUUGUGUGCUGUUCUUACCGACAGAGCAAGUUGAGAGCAGUUACUUGGUUGUUGCUUGAAAUGAAGCACUGGUCAUGUCUUGGGGUCAGUUAUGCUUUGGUUAUUAGUCUGUAAUGCUUUGCAUUAUGUUAAAACAUGUGCUGUGAAGCCUGAGAAAUAAUGCAUUUCCCUUGUCCCUUUCCUGUGUCUAUCUCUUAUUAUAUAUAUAAAAAUACAUUUUAUGUGAUUAAAAACAAUUUGAACCAAUGUGUUAGUCUGGUGAC